UUUGAUUGAAGUGUGACAGCUACAUAACCUAAAAACUUGCGCUGUUUUUGAAUUGUGAUUUUAUGCAAUUUCUGUAAUUUAUCACUGAAAUAUCAACCAAUAAAGUGUAAUAAAAGUAGCGUUAUAUUGUAAAGAUGGAAGGAUUUGAAAUUCGAACAUCGAACAGCAAAAAGGGCAAAGGGUUGUAUGCUACUAAGAAAUAUGACCAGGGUGACGUGAUUUUGGAAGAGGACCCUUUAGUUUCGUGCCAGUUUGCUUGGAAUGCGGCCUACAGAUAUUUAGCCUGCGACUAUUGCAUGAGGCCACUUGAAACUCCAGAGCAGAAUGUAAGGCGUCUAUCAUGCAAACCAGACAUUAUUCUCCCACAUUCCAAUACAUUUGAGAUAAACAUUGAGAGUAUAACUAAUUGCGAUCAAUGUGGCGCCCUCUACUGUUCAGAAGAGUGCCGGCAAAGGGCCUAUGUUACGUACCACAGGUUACUGUGUCAUGACUCCAGUGAUGCUCAGCAUCCAGUUGUUGUGCUUUUGGAGACUUGGAAACAAAUGCACUACCCCCCAGAAACAACAAGUAUAAUGCUACUCAUAAGAAUACUAGCAUACAUCCAACAGAGUUCAGACCCAGCCGCAGCCGUUGCCAAAGUGAAACAAUUCUGUCACCGCACAGAGAAUGAGGACGCAGAGCUUGUACACAAGUUAUUGGGUGAACAGUUUACGCAUCAGAUGAAUACUUUGCGGGAAAUGACCUCUCAUGUUGUUAACGGUGAUGAAGUGCAAGAGUUUCUAACACCGGAAGGUUUUUGCACUCUUAUGGCGUUAGUUGGUACAAAUGGACAAGGCAUUGGAACCAGUCCGCUGGCUAUGUGGGUGAACUCCGUGCUGGAACUCACCAUGUCUGACGAUGAGAGGCAACAGCUGGACCUGUUCAUUGAUAAGCUUUAUCAGUAUGUUGAAGAAGAAUCAGGUUCAUUCCUGAACACGGAAGGCUCAGGCCUAUUCCAGUUGCAAAGUUCUUGCAACCACAGUUGCGCUCCCAACGCGGAGUCGACGUUCCCUUACGGCAACCACAGAGUGCAGCUGAAGGCGUUAAAACCUAUCAUGCCGGGCGAUGAGAUCUGUAUCAGUUACCUUGAUGAAUGCACUCUGCAGAGGUCGCGGCAUUCGAGGCAGAAGGAACUAGCCCAAAACUACCUCUUCGUAUGCUGGUGCGAACGCUGCACGGCCGAAUCUUCCGAGCCCGACUGCACCAGCGAGGAGGACAUGAGUGACGAAGAUAUUGACGCGGACGACUGAUGUUCCAACCUGCUCGCUUUCUGCUUGCUCGGGUUAUGAUGCAAGCACUAUGGAAAGUGCCAGACUAUUUGCGAAGAAAGUGUCGUUUAGUGUUUUUUUUAUCAUAAGUGCUGCUUUUUCUUACAUUACUGUUUCAAUUGUAAAGAUAUAUAUGAAUGAGUGAUGUUUCAAUUUGUUCGCUUUCUGCUUACGCAGAUUAUGAUUCAAGUACUACAGAAAGUGCCAGACUAUUUGUGAAGAAAGUGAUGUUUAUUAGAGUGUUUCGUGCUGGGUUUUCUUGCGAUUCUGCAACAUUCAUAAAGAUAUAGACAGAUGGCUGAAAUUCCAACCUGCUUGCUGGGGUUAUGAUGCAAGCACUGUGUUAUAGUGUUGUUUUUCCAAAUAACACAUAUAGUAAGACAGCUAUUUAUUAAUUUAAGCAUACAUUGUGAAGUAGUAGGAUAAGAUGGUUUUUCAAUUUCAGAAAAUUGGUCUUAUAUGAAUUUUCGUUAUCUUCAAUAGCUACAUUUAUACCACAAAUAGAUACCCGUAUCAUCUUUUUAUAUCUUUUGAAAGAUGUUAAUAAAAACUUUACAUAUUAAGUACAUAAUUCUAUUCAGUGUUUAGAUACUACUAAAAUAUUCUUAUUAAUAGUAAAAUAUACGAUCUAAUUAAGUAAUACUUCCAAUUUGUGAUCUGUAGAUUGAAGUUAGACAAAUAGAUUUUGCUCUAGCACAAUUUAGUAGGUACACUUUACUAUACUUAUAUUUUUUAUAUAUUAACUUCGACUUUCGACUUGUUUUGUAAUUUACUUAAAUACUUUUCAAUGUAAAAAGUCUAAAUUAACAAUUUACUUACUUAAUUUAUACCAUCUCAGUGGUAUUUUGAUAAUUACCUGUUAUAUACAGUACGAACAAAAAAAAAACUAAAUAUACUUACUUAACGGCUCUAAUGAAGUAUACUAAAGGUAUAAAAUUAUUAAAAGGUCAUAAUAUUAUAUUAUUGUGUAAUAAACUAUGUAUUUAUUGGACCUUAUGAAAUUAGUAAAAUGAAAAAUAUCUACAGCAAUCUGUAGACGUAUGCCGUCUUACCACAAAAACUUUUUAACGUCAGUUUAAGACUUGUGUAAAAAAAUGACAAAUUAUGACGUUGACAUAUGGUUCAUUUUGGAGCCACAUUUUUUUUAGACAAGUGUAAAACAGUGUUUAAAGUUUUUGUAGUAAGGCCAAUGGCGUUUAUUGUGAUGUCUAUUUACGACAGUUAAUUGAUAUUUAUCUUUGUGUCGUUAGCAUAUAGUUUAAAAUUAAAUGUUCGGCAAUUUGAUUAAUAAGUGUGGCUAGUGAUUGUAUAAGCUAGGUAGCUGGAAUGUAAGAAUGCCGUCAGUGCAGCUGGUUAAUGGUAGAAAUGAUAACAAUCUUUUUUAUACGUAAAUCUCGCAUUAUAAAGUAUGAAGUCUCUGCCAAAUCAAUAUCGACAGUGUAAACCUAAACAUAUAAAUUUAGCUCUAAGUAAGUAACUUUCCUUGGCCGAAGUACGUUUCUCGCGGCUUCACAGAGUCAAAAUGUAUGUACCUCGAAUGUCCGAGGCCACCACUGAUCAUCCACGGAGAAGCUACUUUAUUUGAUUAGUAGAGCUAUUCAAAUUCAAAUAUUUUAUUUCGGAUUUCUCCAUAUUUUUAGUGUUAGUAUAAUGUUAGUAUUAAAUUAAAAUCUUAAAUCUGUGAAUUAGUGAAAUCAUCUGUGAAUAUGUGAAAUUAAAUCUUAAAUGCUAUGCAAGGCAUUGUAAAAUUCAAAUUGUUGUUUUGUUUAUUGCUGCACUGACGGUACUGUAUAAUAAUGGUCCAAAUUCGUGGCGUGGUAUAAGCAAUCGAAUUAUGAAACGCAAUGUGGCUUCUAAGUGACGGCCUAAAACGUAAAUAAUUAAUAUUGUGACGUAGUUUCGAUGUAUUGUAUUCUCGUGUCAAAUUAUAGCAACGAUGCACAAUUUUGUUAGGCGUAUAUUAUUAUUAUAUAUAUAGUAGUAUCGAAUACCAAAUGGUAGUGAGUAUGGAAAUGUUAGCAGUUUAUAAAUUAUGUAGAUUGUUUUCAAAAUAGAUCUUUCUAGAAUAAGAGAUCGCUAGAGUUUAAAAUAUGUUGUUGCAUUUCAUUUAUUAUCUACAGAGAUACAUUGAAAAUCUAUGGUAGAUGUCUGACAGUUUGUUUUCUACUUAUUUAAGCAAAGAUCCACAGAGAUAUUGUAAAAUAGAUUUUUUUUUGUUUAAUUUUUACGCUAUUAUUAAAGUGUAGCUAGUUGGAUAGUGAUUUUUGCUGCACUUUUUAGCUACCGUUCUAACUCUUAGCAAUUUUUGCAAUAAUAUAAUUACAUACGUGUUAUCGUAUAUUGGUCUAAGAAUAUAGUUGUUUUAAUAUCAGGGUACUGUUUUGUGCCAAAAAGAUAUUAUUUAGAGUAGAUUGUUUUGAUAUAGAUUUAUGUAUUAGGUAAGCUGAGUUAAGAUGGCAAGCACUUUGAAUUGUUAUUAUUGAAAACUUAACUGUCUCUAUAGGGUUCAUAUCAAAAAGUUAAAGGAGAAAUAGAAAAAAAAAACAAAUCGCAUUUCGAAUAGAGAACGUUCUUUUUUCAAUCAGGAAGAAAACAAAAUAAAUUCAAGUUAAAAGCGCUUGUCAUCUGUUUUUCAGAAGAUUUAAUUCCAUAUUUCAUACCUAAACUAAUUACAAUACAUAGGUCGAUAGGUAACUAAAGUUUGUUUGUAAAACUGUUAGGUAUGUGCAGUGGUUUUUCAGCUGAAAUAUAGCAAUAUAAACGAAAAAAUAUUAAAACCGCUAGUAAACUGUUUUCGUGUAUUACGGAAUAUUAUUAUGUCUAUAAAUGUUGCUUUUAUAUGGAGAGUGUUAUCCAGCUUUUGUUUUCUAAAUAAACUAUUUGACUAUAUAAAUAUAGAA